UUUCUUCUUCCAAGAUCUCAGCCCGAUCCUUCGCCAUUGAGGAACCUCUCCCCAAAAAUUCUCAAUUAGGGUUUCUUCGAUCCCUUCGAUCUUCCACUCAUCGUCUCCGAUCGAGCUCCAAUCGCCACCUGCGAUGGAUCUCCCCACUGAGACGGAUGAUUUCAUCCGUGAAUCCAUCGAGGACUCCCUUGGAAUUCCUGUCUCCUCCCGCACUCUCCGCCUCAAGCUCUUGGCGUCUCAUGAUGAUCGCCGUCGUCUCCAGGACCAGAUCUUUGCCCUCCAUGAUCGCCUCAAGGAUGCCGACAAGCGUCUCGAGCUUUCUCGGGCGGAGGCGAGCAUGAAUGCGCAAGCGCUGAGGAAGUGCGUGGAAGAGAAGGAGGUGCUUGUGUCGACGUACACUGAGAUGGUUCGUCAUUGUGACAAGUUGGAGAAUGAGUGCUCGCUUUAUGAGCGGGACCUUGAGAGGAUCAUGGAUACUUGCGAUGAGUUGGGGAAGGAGAAUGAGGAGCUCAAGGCUCGCGUGAAUGAGAACUCCGAGAUCAUGACACUUGUUGCUGAAGUUGAAUCUCUAAAAAGGGAUAAGGAACAUCUCAGGAUGAAUCUUUGCACAGCUGAAGAGGAGGUUAAAGUACUCUAUGAGGAUAAUAAACUCCUGGAUGAAGAGAACAAGAGGUUGCUGAGGCAGUUAAACAGAGAAAGACAUCAUCAUGGAUCUGAUAGCAAACACACAGCCAGCUCGUCAGCUAAGGGCAAGCGUAAAUCCAGAGUAAAGGACAGCAGUCCCGAACAUGCAAUAGACUACAAUCGAGGGGAUUCACCAAGGCAACCUCUGUCACCCCUACAACCGAAUUCUCCUGAUCUCAGACUACAUAAGAAGCAGAAUGGUUUCACUAGUACAGAUUAAAAUCUACCGAGUUCGCACUCUCAUUAACAUGAAACUGCUGAUUGCUGCUUCUUUUCACUGAUUUUACAGGCAAUUAGAGAUGGUUGCAUGUGUAACUUUCCUGGUUUCUUCUUAAAGUCCUAUCAAUCAAGCAUUUAGAUAUGCUUGUUUCUUCCUGGAGAAGGUACUUUCAGUUUCUGAUUUACUUUGAUCCGGUCGGCAUGUGUAAUAGGAACUACAUUUUUUUUUUUUUUGGUCUUAGCCGGGUGCAAAAUUUGCAUCUCUAUCUUACUGAUGUUUAAUUAAAAGGUAAUUCAUUGUUGACAAUGUUGAAAAGCAUUAGCAGUUGAUGAUGAGACAUAGAUCUGGAUAUUAUGAGAGGUUUAACAUUUGUGUGGAGCAGGAACAUACAGGUCUUGUUUUUCUUGUUUCAUUUUUCUAUUUUUA